AUGACAUCCCACACUCCUAAUCAAGCGCGGCUACCCUCGUUCAACAAAGAUCCCGGCCAUGUCCCACACUCAAUCAAGGUUCCUAAAGCACCUAUAGCAUCUGCCUCCUCUGGCCGGAAACAGGAAUCGGCUCGAGCCAGGACAGGAGGGUCUGGAAUCCGAGAUGAUGCAGGGGUUGACUUGUGCGGCUGUGCUUCCGAGCAUUUGGCUAGCCGGUACUUCUGUCCCGCCAUCUCGAGUACAUCGAAUAGAUCUACACUACCUGAGUCUACAAGAAAGGAUAUCAUAGAUCAUCUGCGGGUGACUGAAGAAGAGCGCCGCCUCUUCCACAGCUGGAGAGAGAGUGCGACCCAUCCAUCAGAAGCCAGCAAACACAGAGCUCGACCAGCAACCGAAGAUAUAUCACCCUCGAGUGAAGAUAUUCUGCACAAUUUGCGAGUCACUGACGAGGAACGUCACUUUCUCCAGGGGUUAAGGGGAAAUAUCUGA